AUGAAUAAAUUAUUUAAUCGGCUACUUUUAAUGCCAUUUAUGGGGAUGUAUUUUGUGGUGGAUAGCAUUGUGCUGCAACCAUUGAUUGCACCCAAAAAGUUAAGGGAAAAGAUGUGUAAUUCAUAUAGCCGUAGCAAAAUUUGUCCUGGUAUAUCUUUGAACAUGUUUAUGAUUUACGGAAACUACUAUUUUGGUAGAUAUAUUUAUCUUGCAAGAAAGGCAAGAAACAAUCCUAAAAAUAUCCGUUAUUUUGUCUCUCAUAAACCACAUAAAAUGAAAACAAUUCGGUGGGCCCUAAUUUUACUCUUCAGUCUAUAUCAUCCAUUUCCUUCUCAUAAAAUGGAUUCACGACAUUUGUCUUUGCAAUGUGUUGUCAGAAACAAAAGGCAAGGCAAAUCAUUUGGUAUGUGCUUGACUUCAGCGAUGCCAUAUUCUACUUUUAAUGUACCUAGCUUACCAAAUAUAUCAAAUGUCAAGGAAUGUUUACUGUGCACAAGUAUUUAUCCAGAUAGGAUCCUUGUUGAUGGAUGCACCCAAAUAAAAUCUAAUUUCUCUCAACAAAUAAACCACACUUCCAAGGGUGGAUGCACUCAGUAUCUUCAAAAAUCGUGGGUCAAUAUGCAAAAAUUACUGCUCAUAUUAGAAGGGGUGGGGGAAGUUGCUGUAUAUUUUCUGUCAUUUGCAACUCGCUUUAAGAAAAUUUUGUUUGCAUCCGGACGCCGGCUUGAAGUUAUCGUCUUAUUGAUAUGCUCAUUAAGAAAACGUUCAUUUAAGAAGAAUGCAGUCAAUCAGAUAAUUAGUGCAUGUCAUUGUAUACGUGGAAAAGGAAUGAGAAACAUUCGCUAUGGUACUCCUUUUCAAGAACUGGAGACUCAACUAGAUUAUGAUUUUAUUGGCUGUUUAAUAUUCGACUUUGACCUUCCCAAUACUUGUAAUAUCAAGCGACAGACAGAGAUGGUUAGAAAUCCUUUUAUCCAGUCUCGUGGAGACUGUUUAAAGCAAAGUUGUCACUUUUUCGACCAAAAAUCCAUCGCAUGCAAUGCAGCAAGAUGUUGUCUGUUGUGUGGAUGUAUGAUGCAUAUUUACUUCAUAACAGCAUAUAUGCAGGUUUCUCCAUUGUGGACAUGA